GCCAAAGACACGCAAUUGCGCAAUGAUGGUCCUUCGGAGGGAAAGAAGUGCUAGCCUCCAUUCUCCUAGACCUAGGCCUGUGCACGACGAGUACGUCUUGUAGAUCUACGUUACGUGCGCUACACGUGUCUGAAGCGGGAAGAAAUAGGUCCGGUCAUCUAGUCAGCAAUGUCUCGCAAGCAGAUUAGCGGGAUCGGGAUCGCUGGUCGGCUGCAAAGGAGCGAAUACCCCUGCUAUAAAAGUGGCAGGGAAGUGCGGCUUUGGGUAGUUUUGGCCAGAGGAGAGCGGCGUUCAAUUUCGUAGCAGACAGCACUCCCAACGUCUCCAGAUCUCAAUCGAACAUGGCUAGGAUCGGCAUUCUCUUUACAUGUGCCGCCUUCUUGCUCCUUGCAGCGGGACAGAUUCGCGUAGGAGAAGGGCAAACUGUGUCGGAUGGGCUUGCUACUGCUCGCAACAUUACUGAUACAUCGCCCGCAACACUCAAUUGGACUUGGCAAGGAAGGGAGCAUUCAGUGAAUCAACAGGUUGCGACAGUAUGUAAGAGGGUCAAAUCUCUUUGCGCAUGUGCAGAUUGGAACCAUACCUUGCAAGUCGUUCUGACAGAUCUGAAGGGCAUAAUUCCAGCCUGUGCUACAUCCGUGUCGUACGUCAUUCUGCAGGGGAAAUGCACGGAGACGCUGCCAAGCCCCAGGCCUACACACUCGAGAAAGAGACUUCUUGGCGGCGAAGUUGGACCUUUCAAGCUGAAGCCGUUUGUUGUCGACAAGAUGCUGAACAGUCGGACCAUAUGCACGGUGGCGGAGAAUUAUGGCAAGCAAACUCCAUUCAUGUGUUGGGAUGUGAACUUGCAUGACCAUGUCACGACUCAGAUAGUCAAUCCGAUGACAAACGAAGGAAGCUCUGUGGAUCCAUGCAACUCUACGGACUUCCUCAGACAAGAUCUUACUAACCAACCGACGAACCCGGUGUCUGCUGCUCCCAAGCAAAGUACAAACGUCUUCGUGCUGUUCCUGACAGUGCUCGCCGUGGCAAUAUUCGAAUUGUGGUAAAUGUACUAUUCUAAGGGCAAUUAUGCCAAUAGCAUUAUCACCUUGGCCGUGGGACCAUGUCCUGCGUUUCUACCCCCUCGCCGCUUCUUAUCACGGUUGAUUUAAAACCAUACACUUGCCAGAUAUCAUGUUUGUCUUUGGCUUCUUUAAUUAAGUUCAUGAGAAAUUUUAAUAUAUUAAUUUAACAGCAUUCAUAAGUUUGAGGGAGUUGAAAACUGGAAAAGAUAUAAUAAUAAAAGAUGAUACAAUUAUGCUCAACUUCUUUACAACAAAACUGAAUAACUCAAAUCCUUUUUCCAGUUAUUCAAUCAUACCAUUGCCAUAACUAUUUCAACAUACAUAUUAUUGCCGCACCAUGUCUCAUUACAUCUUGCGACUUUCCGUGCAGCAGGACGUAUUCUGCUCCUGCUUGGCCCCAGUAGUAGAGUGAGUAAAUGUACUAUCAGCUAGGAUAUCAUCUAUGAUGUGUAACCACUAGAGUUCCUUAGCACUGUGCUGUGAGCUCUCACAACAAAGAAGUUGAGCAUCCUGUGUAUUCCUUUUAUGCCAAUACCUAUAGCCAUUUUCAACCAUGUCCGUAUGUCAUGUUCAGAUCGCUUGCAAAGACGUCUUGCUGUGCUUGUACAAAUGCCGCUGUAUCGGAAUGCUUCUCAUCUACUCAGUUCAGCUGAUUUCUGUGCCAGGUACUUGUACUAUAACUUAAUCCAGAUUUGUAUUUAAAAUAUAUAUCCCAUAUUGAAACUAUUUAAAAUUUUGUUUACGCCCACUAUUAUGAAAAAUCGUGUUCUCAUAUAUUUUCUCAUAUUUCAUAAUUCAUGUGUAUUUUUAUUUCUAUGCCGUUUUCAGAAGUGUGUUGGUGACUAUAUGCACAUUACGGCCUCAAAACACGGCCAUCCUGGUGGA